GGGGUCAUGGCUGCGCUGAUGAACACCUACCCAUGGCCGGAGAGACUGGAAGGGGACGGAACCGGGGGGCUGCAAGCUGGACCACCCCCAUCAUCACUCCCAACCCCCGCAACUCGUUGCCAAGCGGGGGAAAAAAGCUCGGAAAGCCGGAUCCGCCGCCCCAUGAACGCGUUUAUGGUGUGGGCAAAGGACGAGAGGAAGAGGCUGGCGGUGCAAAACCCCGACCUGCACAACGCGGAGCUCAGCAAGAUGCUGGGGAAAUCCUGGAAAGCCUUGAGCCUCUCACAGAAGCGUCCCUACGUAGAGGAAGCAGAGCGGCUGCGGGUGAAGCACAUGCAAGAUUAUCCCAACUACAAAUACCGUCCCCGGAGGAAGAAGCAGGUCAAGAGGAUCUGCAAACGGGUGGAUCCUGGGUUUUUGUUGGGCAGCCUGACACGGGACCAAAACACGGUGCCAGAGAAGAGGACCUGUGGCCGGGCUGGGGGGGAGAAAGAGGGGUCGGGUGAGUACCCCCCUCGCCCGGGUCUGCCGCCCAUCCGGGGGUACAGGGAGGCUCCAGGCAGCAGCAGCAGCACCAGUGUGGACACCUACCCCUAUGGGCUGCCCACCCCCCCGGAGAUGUCGCCUCUGGAUGCCAUAGACCCCGAGCAAAGCUUCUUCUCCUCACCUUGCUCGGAUGAGCAUCACCGCUCCCACCUUGCCGGAGCCACUUACUCCUCGGAGUAUGGGAGCAGCUCCCUCCCGUGCAACCACCACCCUCUCAGCCCCAUGUCACAGCCAGCCACCUGCAUGAUCCCCCCAGCCACCAGCUGCCCUCCCCUUCCUCCACCUCCUCCUCCUCCUGCCAACUACUACACACCCGCCUUCCCCUCCCUUCACCCCCCCAGCCUCCAUGCCCACCUGGGCCAGCUCUCCCCACCUCCUGACCACCAUGGCUUUGACACCUUGGACCAGCUGAGCCAAGCAGAACUCCUGGGGGAGAUGGACCGCAACGAGUUCGACCAGUAUCUCAACAACCCUGCUCAUGGUGACCACCAUGGGGGGGGCUUGGUCAAUGGACAGGUCCCAGCAUCUGGCAGCUCCCACACCUCUGAGACCAGCCUCAUCUCUGUCCUUGCUGAUGCCACAGCCACCUACUACAAUAACUACAGUGUCUCUUAGACCCCCCCAACCCCCUGGUUGGGGCCACCUGGACUGGCUGAGGAAGGACCUGACACAGUAUUAUGAGGAGCUGCUCCCUGGGGACAUCGCUCUCCACCCCUCAGGGUGACGGAGUUGGAGCCACGAGGGUGACGGAGUCUCCUCGGUGGUGUAGGUAAAGGAUUUUGGUCCUUGGCUCACCACUGUUGCAAAGUCUCGGGUGCUCUGCUCCCCACAGGGCCAGGAGGGGAAUUUCCCAAUGCCAAAACCCUUUGGCCAAAUCCCUGUCACAAAGCAGAGAUGCUCCUGGGAGCGUGGAAAGGCUGCCCCCCCGUCUUCCCUCCCCUGUUUCAAGCUCUGUUUUGGAGUCAGGAAGGUGGCAGCAUCCCCUAAACAGCAGGUCUGAAGUCUUGGUAGGGGUAAAAACCCCUAGAAGGGGAAAAAGCAGGGAUUUGGGUGGGGAAAAGGAAGAUUUUGGUAAAGGGGUGCAUGGUCUGCAAGGGCUCUCAGCUCUUGGUGUCAGCAUUGCUGACUAGUGAGGGUUAAAGCCCCCCAUCCUCUUGGCCUCCAAACCACUAGUUGGGGGCUUCAUCCCUUGGGAAACUCCAGAGGGGACAGGAUGGGAUGGGACAGCAGGGAUGAAUACCAGGGGUGCAGCCAUCCCCAAGGGUGCUCAGAUUCUGUGUUUCAGACCAGGGGGACAUCAGGGAAAGUCAAGAUCUGCCCAGCAUCCAGCCCUAUGGCUUCCCAGCAAAAACACUCCAGGAGGAUGGGGCAGCAUGAGCUGCCAGCCCUGCUGGGCUGGGAUCAGAUCCUUGGGCCAAACACCUGGGCAAAGAGGUGAUGUUGUAGCAGACAUGUUUGGUUUUUGUGGGGUUUUUUUGUUUGUUUCUUUUACCAAAACCUCCUCUGAAGGAGAAGGUUUCACAUUUCGAUGCCUCUUCUAACUCCGGCGUAUUAUUGCUUGUAAUAAAGUUGUACAUUGAUUUAUUCCCCCCAUUAUUCCUCCCCUCUGAUUUUGUAUUGCUCGAUUUCUCUUCCUUUUCAUAAAGACGAAGCUUUCUUUUAAAUCAGUUAUAUGACAUGAUUAAUCUUAGUGUUUUCUGUAUGGCACUUGGUAAUGAUUAGUUAGUAGCAUGGUUAUGAUUUUCUGGUUUCAGUCCCGAAGGUGUAUUAAUAAUAAUUGCAAAUAAUACUUU